AUGACCACGGCCGAUCAAACGUUUAUCGGACUGCCCUUCAAGUAUGUCUCCCUAAUCAGCUUGACCCUCCAAAAUAGUCUGCUGGCCAUCCUUCUUCAUCAUUCUCGGACGAUCCCAAACACAAAACUGUAUUCAGCAUCGGCGGCAGUCCUGCUGAACGAAAUCCUUAAAUGCUCGAUCUCCUUCCUCGUCGCACUUUACAAUGCCUGUAAUCAAUCCUCAACAAAUUAUUCAAGGCGCGAUAAAUAUCAACCAAUCUCAGCCGAUGCCCAAGCACACUCGCCUUCGACAAACUACUCAAGGCUGGCACAUCAUGAUGAUAGACCAGGUGAUUCCCCGUUUUCGAGAAAACCGCCGAUUUCGCUGUUUGAACAAGACUUUCAAGAUUGGAAACGAUCCUCUAGAUCUUGGUCAACCAUGAUCAUUGAUAACUCGAAACAGAUCCUUGUGGAAAUUAUCAGAAGGAUUGAAUCCCAGACUCCGUUUUUUUUGGGCGCCCUCCAGAUCCUUACCACGGCUCUAUGUUCGGUUGUGAUGCUAGGACGUCAAUUAUCAGCUACCAAAUGGAGCGCACUAUUCUUCUUGGCGGUCGGAGUAGCACUCGUUCAACUUCAGAAUAUCUCGACCAACCCAGGAUCGGCCAAAAAACUUUCGACUGAUACCGCCGAUCGAUUUAUCGGCUUCCUGGCUGUGACCUCUGCUUGUUUUACAUCCGGACUGGCGGGGGUUUACUUUGAAUUGGUGCUUAAAUCAUCCAAUAAGGUCGAUCUAUGGAUUAGGAACAUUCAACUCUCACUCUUCUCACUCUUGCCAGCACUGUUUACAACCCUAUUCACCUCAAAUCAUGAAGGGCAUAUGUUCUCCAAUUUUGGAUUUUGGGCAUGGGCGACUGUUUUGACACAGGUGGUUGGUGGUUUGGUGACUGCUCUGGUGAUCAAGUUUGCCGAUAAUAUCCUCAAAGGUUUUGCUACCUCGCUCUCGAUCAUCUUGUCGACUCUGGCAGGCGUCUUCAUCUUUGGAACUCCACUUCCUCUUGGCUCGGCCAUUGGCUCCUUGGUCGUCCUCUUGUCUACCUAUGCCUAUAAUUCUUCCUCUGACACGGAGCUCUCGUCUUCUUACCCUCAAGCAAAAGGUCCAACUGGAUUUAUAUCCCCUCUUCGUAGAGAAAAACAGCGCACACUUUAA